AUGACAAAGCAUUUGUCCAAAUAUGAAAAAUUCAUUGGUGAUGCAAGAGAGAGUGUUGUAAUUGAUCUCAAAAGAAAAUUUCAAUCACAACAAAAUGUGAUGACAAAAGCAACAAUUUCACAACAAUCAAGUUUAUUGGCUUCAUAUAUAAUUUCUAACGAAAUAGCAAAAUCUAAAAAAUCGUUGAGUGAUGGUGAAUUUGUUAAAAAUUGUGCAGCGCACAGUGACACGUCGUCUGCUGAUAUUGAUAGUGCCAUUCAUAAGACGUUGCAAAUUAUUAUGACGGAUUGUGCAUAUUUUUCGAUUGCAUUGGACGAAAGCACAGAUGUUUCAGAUGUAAGUCAACUUUUGAUAUUUCUUAGAGUAAUAUCUCCACAGUUUGAAGUGUAUGAAAAGCUAUUAGAAUUAUGUUCCUUGCAUGAAACUUCUAAAGGAAGUGAUAUAUUUAAUGCAGUAAAAAACGCAAUUGAACCAUUUGGUGGAUUUAAAAAAAUGUCAUCGGUUGUGACAGAUGCUGCCAAAGCUAUGAUUGGCAAAAAUAUUGGUUUUUUUGGAUUAUUACGCAAAUUUAACGUUAAUGUUCCUGCUAUACAUUGUAUUAUUCAUCAGGAAGCGUUGUGUGGGAAAAAAAUGAAGCUUGACGGAGUUAUGAAUACUGUUUUUAAAAUUACUAAUCUCAUUACCGUAGCAACCGUAGUUUAA